GGAAGAAAAAAGUUUUUCCACAACCAGUACUUCCAGUGCCAAAUAACAUUGGACAGUUGUCCUGCCACCCCCCCACCACCUCACAAAUCAUCAAACCCGUCCCGCGGCCAUGGCGGCAGACCACCAUCCUCCCUCCGAUCUACACACACCACCGCCGCCGCCUUCUCCCGCCGCAACACCGCUCCUCCUCCACCGCUCUUCUUCCCUCGGAGAGUCCCACGCCGAGGCCAGCGAUCAGCUGGAGAGCAAACUCUCCGACCCGGCAUUACCCCUCCUGAAACGCCUCUCCUCCUGCUCCGGGAUCGAGCUCAAACUCCUCUUCCACCUCGCCGGCCCUUGCAUCGUCGUCUACGUCACCGGCUUCAUGAUGUCCAUGUUCACCCAGAUCUUCUCCGGCCACCUCGGCAACCUCGAGCUCGCCGGCGCCUCCCUCGGCAAUAACGGCAUCCAGCUCUUCGCCUUCGGCAUCAUGUGGGGGCUUGGGAGCGCGGUGGAGACGCUGUGCGGGCAGGCCUACGGCGCCCAAAAGUACGAGAUGCUGGGAAUCUAUCUGCAGCGGUCGUUCGUAUUGUUGUCCCUGGUGGGAUUGGGGAUCGUGGCCGUCUACUCGUUCGCCAAGCAGAUCCUGAUGUUCCUGGGGCAAUCAGAAGAAAUCGCGUCGGCGACGGGGCUGUACGUGUACGGGCUGAUCCCGCAGAUAUUCGCUUACGCGGCCAACUUCCCGAUCCAGAAGUUUCUGCAGGCCCAGUCCAUCGUCAUGCCCAACGCCUACAUCUCGGUGGCCGUGCUGAUGGUCCACCUGGGGAUGAGCUGGGUCGUGGCCUACAAGCUCGGCGUCGGGCUGCUGGGCGCGUCGCUGGCGCUGAGCCUGUCGUGGUGGGUUCUGGUUGGGUUACAGUUCUGGUACAUCGUCCGGAGCGAGACGUGUCGUGACACGUGGACCGGGUUCUCGGUGCAGGCGUUUCACGGGCUGUGGGAUUUCUUCAAGCUGUCGGUGGCGUCCGGGGUGAUGCUGGCGCUGGAGCAGUGGUAUUUGGACGUGCUGGUUUUGCUGGCCGGGAUGCUGGAGAAUCCGGAGCUGUCCUUGGAUUCUCUAUCCAUUUGCGCGACGCUAAUGGGUUGGUUCUUCAUGAUUUCCAUGGGGUUCAAUGCGGCUGCAAGUGUCCGAGUGAGCAAUGAGCUUGGCGCCGGGCAUCCCAAAUCGGCGGCGUUUUCAGUAAUAAUGGUGACCGGAGUUUCCUUCCUGGUGUCGGUGAUCCUGGCGAUUUUAGUGAUGGUAUUCCGCGACGUCAUCGGCCUGGCUUUCACCGAGGGCCAAGCCGUCUCCGCGGCUGUCUCCGAUCUCUGUCCGUUGCUGGCCAUUACCAUCGUCUUCAACGGAGUUCAACCUGUCCUCUCAGGAGUGGCAGUAGGGUGUGGAUGGCAAGCAUUUGUGGCGUAUGUGAAUGUGAUCUGCUAUUACGUUGUUGGCGUCCCCUUUGGCGCUCUUCUGGGUUUCCAUUUCAAGAUGGGUGCUAAGGGAAUAUGGACCGGUUUGCUGAGUGGUACCAUAUGUCAGACCGUCAUUCUGGUUUGGGUUACGUAUCGCACCGACUGGAAAAAAGAAGUGGAAACAGCAGAGAAAAGGCUGGAUAGGUGGGAAGACAAUAAGCAACAACCGUUGCUGCACAAGUCAUGAAAGGCUCAACAAGUGAAAGAUCGGAUAGUCCUUAUUUUACUUUCUAAUUUACGUCUGUGUGCAUGGAUAUUAUUAAGAAGACAACUAUCGUAUUGUGGUCAUUAUUUGAGAUGAGAUAAGCACCUGUCGACUAGCGUCCAACCACAUGAAGAAUCAAACUUGCAUGGACCACAACUAUAAAGUCCAAGCGAAUCGGUUUCAUGGUUGAUGUUGAUGGCAUUGCACUAGUUAUAGCCACAUUUUAUACUUACCUAAUUAGGUUGCUCUUGCUCUCUGCAUAUAUUUUUCCAAGUUAACGCUUGAAAUCAGAAGCAAGAUUUGAUUUCUAUGGACGAUAUUGAAACUUUAUCCACUUUAUUUUGUGUGUUGGUGUAUUGACUCAAUCC